GGAGUGUUCUUGUUUGCGGGUAAUCUCGUUCUUGCUCCUCGAUGAUCAUGUUUUCUGAAUAAUUCAUCCAUUUUCGUGACACCAUGCAGGAGCUUUGCGACGAAGAGGCGCAAGCGGAGGAAACGUCAGACCGCGACGACGCUACCCUCGAUCAGGCGCCCUCCAUUCACUCGUCCCUCGAAACAAGCGUGCCGUCUUUAGCUGACGUUUCCCUGCAAACAGGACAAAGUCUGCUAGCGGACGACGUCGUCGAGAAACCGCAACAGCUGACCAAGCAGACAUCCACCAAUCGAAUCCCAAUUUCGACGGAAUGUCACUCACUGACCACGCAAACCGUGGACGUGAUACGCCCCAACGUCGAGAACGUUCAGACCCAGGAAACGAUAAAGAUCCUGAAGACCACGGAAGGCGAUCACGACGUGAUCGAGAUAGCCACGAAGAACGUACCUUCCACCUCCAUUCAGGAAGUCGUCCAAGAACGUCAUCCCGAAGCGACAACCGAGGACAUCGUGGUCGACAUGAAGUACCAAGAUCCCACGAACACCGAAAACACCACCAGCGAGUUGAACAUCGUUCACGCUGCACCGCAAUCGUUCGAGACUGUCCUGGUCGAGCCGGACGACGUGACCACCGAAGUGGUAGUGGACGAGGACGGUUCGAAGAGGAUAAUCGUUAGGAAAUUGAGGCGAACCACCGUGACCAGUAGACAAACUACUCAGCAACACGUGUCUUCGACGUCCACGGCGAUCGGGGACGCUCCGUCCGUGGUGCAAGCUUUCUCCGAGGCUACCAUGAGGGAUCAACAGGUGACAGUAAGUACCGCGAAGCCGAACGGCACGAUAGAAACUACCACGAGACAGAUCUACGGCGGCAGGGUGACUACCGGUACUCCGUACAAGGACGUCAACGUGGAGGAGUACGAAUCAGCGCCGCAGUACACGCACAUGGUGACCCAGGGUCACAUUCGAGACAUCAGCCCGCAACCUUUCGAGGAGGGUCUCUUGACGGAGGGUGGAGAAUAUCGGGCACAAACGUCGAGCGUGCACGCUGUGGUGCAGCAAGUUACCCGUAGGGUGGUCAGAAAGACUAGGAGAAUCAUCAGAAAAGUGACGAUCAUAGAUGGCAAAGAGACUGCCACGGAGGAGAUCAUAGAGGAGCCAGAGGAAGUGGAAAUCGACGAGAAAAACAUUCCGCACAUAAGCAUCAACGUGGUUAAACAGGAAGAACAGAGGCAGUUUGGAAGAGAUGCUGGAAUAGGCGAAGGGAGAACACCGGAGUGUAUUUUGGUUGAAGAAGUCACUGACAGGGAAGAGAAGGAAGUCAAACUGGAGAAAGACGAAGGUUUGAAGGUAGAAGAGAAGGAAGUCGAAGAAGAUAAGGGCAGAGAUUUGAAGAUAGAAGAAGUUACAAUCGAUGACGCGCCCAUGCAAGGACCGUUCUUUGGAGCGUUUGCUAAAGACAUGCAUCCAAGCACGUCCUACGUAGAAUCGAGACCCUUGACUGACAGGGAGAAACGCGACAGGAAGGAAGAGAGAAUUACCUCGCCAGAGGAAAUUUUGGAGAGUCUAGUCUCACCUUCAAUAACAGACAUUCGAAAGGAACAAUCUCCUGAACGAACGCCCGAGGAAUCAUUGUCGCAGAUCCAAGAACUGGACGACGAAAGUUCGAAGCCAGAGUCCGUCGAAAAGAAAGUGGAACCAGUGGACAAAUACGAGCACGAGCACUUCCUGGUCGAGGUAAAAGAGAAAAAGCCCCUAUCGUCGAUCAGCCAGGCGUUCAUCGAUGCUGAAGCGUCUGCUGCGUUGCAGAGUCCAAUCGGCGAAGAGGUCAAGAUACGCGAGACCGAGGAACAGGAAGAGUUAGCAAAGUCUUCGGUCGAGUCGAUCGUGUCGGAGGACGUGGCGAGCGUCACUAAAGCGACCUGUAAGUCUGUCGAUGCACCAGUACGUGACGAAACACCCGGUAUCGAGCUAGAAGGUCGCACGUUAGAUGUAGAAAAGCACGAUAAAGACACUAGAGGCACCGUAGAUGUACUAGAGGGAAAACCAUCGAGAGAGGUCUCGAUCGAAACGUCGGCGAGAGAGGCAUCAGAGUCGUCGAUAGAGGAUCGGCAAAAGACAGUUCACGUUUCAGAAGAGCGACCCGCGCAGAUCGAAGAGGCUGGAACCUCAGCGAUUCCAGCACCGAUGGAGAGUGAAACGCACGAGAAACAAUCGGAUGCUCUGCCUAUCCACGUGAGACAGCAGAUAGUGAAGAACUCGUUCGUUCCGGAGAUCGAUUAUUCGGUCGACGAUUACAUGGACGAAGCCCUGAAACCGGAAUACAAACCGAUCUUCCACAAAGUGGAGAUAUCACUGGCUGUGAGGAAGGACGGCGAGGAGAUGCAGCCUACGGUGUCGGUGAAGAGUCAGGCCGAGCCGGAAGGGGCUCCUCGUCGCAUGGUGAAGGAGGACGUCGACAUCAGUCUACCGGCGGACAAGGAGAGCAAAUCGGUUAUCCACGACAAGAUCGUGCAAACUUCUCCGCCGUUAUCCGAGCCGAAAAUCGUCAGUUUGGACAAGUCUGUCGGAGUUUCGGAGAGACGAGUCCUCACCUCGGACAAGUCUGUCGUCACGUCGGAGAAAGAAGAGACCGACAAGUCUGCCGUCACUUCGGAGAAAGAAGAAACUUCCGACAACGUGAUCACGUCGGAGAAAGAGGACGAGUGCCAGACUGAGCCUGCGAUCGAAUUCGAGGAAGGGGCGAAAGAAGAUGUCAGGUCGCUCGUGGAGACGAGAUCGAGCGUGGACGUCUCUCUGGCAUCCAAUAUCGCAGACUCUACGGAGAUCGACGUCGCGUUGUCCGAUUCUUCGAAGCACGACGUCAGCGAGGCACCGCAGCCCGACAUCGCGAAGAUGCUCGAAUCUAAAGAGCUGGAGCUAUCUUCGAAAGAUGGAACGUCGGGAGGGGAAGACGGUUACGAGGCGGACAGAACGAUAGUGUCGACGACUACGCCGGACGACGAGGACACGAUCAAGACGAAGAAGAAGAAGAAGAGGAAGCAGAGGAUACGUAGUCUCAAGGACGAGGAGCAGACCGAAUUCCCAAAGACCACCUCCGACGACGAGGCGUUCACGGACGACCUGGCGGAUGGGGAGCGACGAGUGGAAAGCGAGGACGCGAAGGCAACGAAGAAGAAAAAGAAGAAAAAGAAGCGGGCGGACGUCGACGUCGAAAGAUCACCAGCCGUCGCGUUAAGCGAGGCAGACGCGCAGACCGUUCCUCAAGAGUUCAACGUUUCCGUUGCCACGUCACCGAAGCAACAAGAGGUGUCGGAAAUUUAUGUUCAGACCUCGCCGCAUUUAUUGGAGGAGCAGACCGAGGUACCACAGGUCGAUGAAGUUCACAAACAAGUGCAAACUUCUCCUCCAAUUUCGCUCGAGGAGGAGAAGGUUGAAUCACCGAAAGCGGAGGAAGUUCACACGGAGAUGCAGACGUUACCGUUGUCUACUUUGGACGUCAGCAUGCAAACUGUGCCGGAGGAGGAACCUGAGAAACCGAGUACACAUCACUCCGAAAUGCAAACGUGCCCGUUACCUGCUUUGGACUUUGGCGUUCAGGCUGUCACCGAGGAGCCGCCUGAAAUAGAAGAAACGAGUACUCAAACGAUGGAGACUGCCGAGAAGAAAGUGGAGGAGUACGCCGUGCAAACCAGUCCGAUCGAAGACGUUGAAGGAGCCAACGUCCCGAUCGAAACUGAAGAGACUCAGGUUCAAACUGUGGCGACGGAUGUGGUUUCCAUCGAGGCGCAAACAUCGCCAAUGCCGGCGUCAACGGAGAUAGAAACGCAAACCGCGGAGAGAAUGGUGGUCGCCGUUGAACAACAGACUACUCCACCACCGAGCGAAGAGAAGAUUCUAACUGGUAUCGCCACUCAAACCGUAACACCUGAAGCACCUCGGACCAUGGAAACGGAAGCACAGACUAGCAAACCGAGUAGCCCAGAGAUAGUCACUCUGGACUUCAACGUUCAAGCAGAUCUGACAGAGCAACCUUCGCUCGAGGCGAUGGAAACGCAGACGACUCCGGAAGAAAGUCCUCGACAGGUGGACACUCAAGAAACCGAGUCGCAGACGAUGUUGCCCGAACCGACUCAGGAAACUAUGAUACAGACAAGCCCGGUUACGUUCGCUCCGGAAAAAGUCGAAGUGUGCGAACUGUCUUCUCAGACCAGUUUGGAAGAGGGGAAGCAAUUGAUGGACGAACAGUCUCAGACUGUCGCGCCAGAGAGGAUAGAGACCUCGGACAGCUCGGUGCAGAUAAAGACGAGCGAAUUGGUGCCGCACGCUGAAGAGAAUGUGCAGAUCAUUCCCGAAACUCGCGAACGUGACGCGCAAACGAUCGUCGACGAAGAGAAACCGUUGCUGGUGACGGUCUCGCAGCAGACGAACGGCGUGUUGCAAGUUCCUGCCGAAGAGGAGAAAGUGGUGGUUGAAGACGAUGAAGGUAACGUGAUAGACGAUGAAGGUAACGUGAUAGACGUGGUGGACGGGGAGGCGAAGACGCCUCUGAAACUUACAGAAAUUCCAGUAGCACCUGAUGUACAAGUACAAGAAACUAAGGAACAUUUGGAUACGACGAAGAUCGAGAAAGUAACAGAACUGGCGUCUGUUGUGGAAGAAUCUGUCAAAGAGGAGGAGUCGACGGUUGCAGAACGAUUGCGGAGUCUCUCCGAGAGAGCGGAAGAAACGGAGGAAUCGACGGCGCCUUCGAUGGAGGAGGAUACCGAAACUGCGAACGCUGGAUUCGAAAUACGUCUGCAGGCAACUGUAGAGUUCCCUGCUAGCGACACCACUGCUGACACCACGAGCAAAUUGAGCUAUGAUAGCUCGCAAGACACGACCAUUACGGAGGACACUAGCUCCGGAGGGAAGAUAGACGACAGCGUUGGAAGGAGACAGAAACGAAAGAGGAGGCACAAGACCAUCGAAAUCUCCGCGACGAGCGAAAAGGAUCUGGAAUCCAUAUUUGGACAACCGAUAGAGUCGCGAGACGUGUCUCUGAGGUUGUCUUAUUCCGACGUCGCUAAGAGGAACGUGGGCAAGGAUAGGUCUCCUCCUGGUGAAGCUGGUUCGAACAGAGGUUUCGAGGAAGACGGUGUCAAGAUCGUGCCGGAGGAGAAGGCGCAUGAAAUUGAAGAAAAUGUUGUACAAAGUGUUGACGUACCGUUUACAACGACGAAACCAGUGGCAAUUGAAGAGACGCAAGAUGUAUGGACGUUAGGCAAGGAUCAAUUGGAAGGACAACAGACGCCAGUUAUUCCACACAUGCCUUCGCCUGAACCGAUGGACACGACCGAAGAACCACUUUCUCCUAUGGAAUCGAUAGAAGUGUUACAGGAAGCUGAUCGACCGAGGGUUAAGACCUACGCGGAUAUUAUCAGCGAGUCUUCGAAGAAGCCAGAAAGGGAUCAGUCUUCGUGGGAAUUGUCCCACCACGCUGCGCCGAGUGCGCAGAAGAGCGCGAGUUCGAAAGCUUUCUUACUCGCUGAGGCUGCAGAGUACGAACCUCAACAUCAAAUCACUCAGAGCAGCCAAACGACCAAAGCGAUCUCCGAUCGAAUGCAGAACCUUCGAAACGCCAAACAGCCGAGUCAUCUAGGGAACAUCCUUCGCAUAGCUCACCUUGAUAAGAUAGCGAACGAGAAGCAAGCUGAGGAACGAGCUGCCGAGGUGAGGAAGGAGCUGUCGCAUUUGAGGGAUGCCGCGCAGGAAAAAGACGCGAUCACCGUCGAAGAAACUCUGGUCGUCGUCGUGGAUACGAUCUCCACUUGGCUGGAGACGAUCGAGUAUAGAAUUUUCCUGAGCAAAGAGUGUCCCAGCGGUCCCUCUCACGACGACAAGACUUACGUCGAGCUGAAGGACGAAGUGGAGAACGUGGAAGAGAAUAUUCAGGAGUUGAAUAAUAUUUGGAAAUUGGUGGAGGCGAAUUACCCAGGGGAAGAUAGAAAUAAUUUGCAGGAGUGUUUGGACGCUCUUCUGAAUCAGGUUAGGAUGAUCGAAGACGCAACCGACGAUGGAGAGAAACAUCUCACGAGUGAACUCGCUAGGUGGGACGAAUUCGUGAAUGGCGUGAGCAACAUGUACAGGUUAAUCGAGGAACAAAGAAGACGUCUGAACGAGCUCAUCGAACUCGAGGCGUCUACGAAAUGGAAGCUGGAGGAGCUGGACAAACUGGAAACUAUGAACCAGUGUCACAUGUGGAAGACGGCGACGUUACUCACCGCCUCGCACGAAUUGCUACGCGAUUAUCCCGGGAAACAUAUUCCAGAAGAGACGUACGCGGCCCACGAGAUGACGAAAAUAAUCGAGCAUGGAGUAUGCAUCGAACGUGAACGUCUUCUCCAACUGUUGGCCCUAGCCGAGGAAUACGAGCAGACUCUUCGUGAAUUCGCUCAGAUCACCGAAAUCGCGGAGAACUUGCUGGAAAGUCCCAUCUCCGUGAUGAGUUUGGAACAUUUGCAAGAGGAGAUGCAGAAGCACAGGAAGUUCUUCGUCAACUUGAACCACUGUCGAGCGAUUCUGGAAUCGUUGGAAGGGAACCUGGACCCAGAAACCAGGACUAAAUACGCAGAUCUUCACGAGGAGCUGCACGGCAGAGCUAUAUCGUUGUUAGACCAGGCUGCGUCCAGGGCUCAGCAAAUGGCACUCGCUGCGUCUAGAUGGAUUCUCUUGGAGCAGGGUGUGAAAGAGGAGCGGGGGUGGCUCCAAGUUGCUCAUCAACGAGUUCCCGACCUCCAGACGGUGACGUCGUCCGAUUACGAUCAGUACAUCUCGUUGUACCAGUCUCUGGCGACGGACGUUGCGACGCAUCACGCUCGACUAAUUCAGCUUCUGAACGUGGCACGUAAUCUUCAGGAAUUGGUGAACAUCGAAGAUCCCGAGGAUCGUUACGGCGAGGCAUUGGACGUUAUCGUGAAGCUUCAGGACAACGUGGAGUCGUCGUUGAGAAAGUUGCUAUCGUUCAGAGAGAGUUGGUGCAACCAGGAAAUGCUGAUGAACCGGUUGGAAAACUGGAUGACGUUGGUGGAGAAGGAAUUGGUCAGUCUUCGCGAUCCCUCGGGUGGUCAUAUACGUCAAUUCUGGGAAUUGAAGGCACAGUACGAAGUCCACAACAACAUUCGAGAAGAGGCUAGCAACAGCUUUGAGCAAGCCCUGCGAAUAAUCCCGCUGUCGGACGAGAUGCUGCAGAGGCAGUUCCAUCGUGAGGUGCAAGAUCGUUGGAACGACGUCUCGCAGCAGAUAAACAACAUCCACGAACGAGUAACGCGGAACAUCUCUUCGGGGGACAUCUCGUCCAACGAGAAACUGAAGCUCCUCGAAAGGGAACUGAACGAACUGCGAAUAACCGUCGACAGUUUCCACGGUGUUCUAAAGACGGAGGAGGAGCUAGAUCUGUACAUCGAACGUUUGACCGUUUUGUUCGACAGAAUCUGCUUGAUCCAAGACGAGCUGGGUCGCCUUGGUCUGCUGCCAGUGGCGGAGAGCGAGAAAGUCGGUGUUCUACUGUCCUCAGCUCGAAGAAUAGAAAGUCAAAUUAGCGAGGAGUUGGACGCGGCACAGUUGGUGAGGGAGAGGCUUCAGGCGAUCCAGCGUGGCCUCAGUCGCGUUAGGAAAGCUCAUCAACGGCAAUCGUCUAUAUUGGAUCAGUGCGAGGGAAGCGAGCGACAGGGAAGCGACGUGGUCGCAGCUGCCGUCGAUCGAUGUCAAACCGUCGCUGACGAGCUCGCUAUUUUAUGGCAGGAUAUCAUGGGCCUCAGACAAUUAUUGCACACUCUGCCCACCGUUAUGAGGGUCUCGGUGUCGCCGGUCAGCGUCGAACGAGACAUUUCAAACCUUCAGGACACUCAUACGAAUUUAGAAGCUAGAUGUACACGAUUGUUAACUCUGUUGAAGAACAGACUCGCCUUAUGGAGAAGAUUUGAGAAACAGCUGGAGAUGGUGCAACAGUCGGUACAGGAAGCUGACUACAUGAUGGAGUUGUUGACCGUACAAGGCUCUGUCGAUUACGAAAGGCUACUGAAAGCUACCGAAAGGCUAGAGGGUCUGAGCGGUGAUUUGGGCGCGCGAGAAGUUCUUAUUGGCGAAUUGCGAGAGGCUGCCGAACCUCUGCGGGAGGGUUGCGCUGCAGAGGUCCGCGAGAAGGUCGAAGCGGCGGUAAAUGAGGCCGUACAAGCCUGGGAGGACACCAGGGCCGAAUUAGAUGCCCUUUGCACCAAGUAUCAGCACGCGUGCAGACUGUGGCAACAGUACAAAGACUCGAGCGCCGCGGUGAAAGCCUGGGUGGACACGCAGAUGGACAACGUUGCUAACCUGCCGCCAGAAGAGGCCGUCAAACACAUCAAGAUUUGCGAGGAGACGAUGGCGGAGCACAAGGAGAGGUUGGCGGAGCUUCAGGGGCUGGUGGCUCAGAUCGCGUCGAACGUCGGUCUGGACGCUAGUGGACCGUUGCACUGCGAAGUGGAGGCACUCGGUCAACGUCUGGAGGACAUUCGUGAAACGUUGUCGUGCCUCGCGGAUGCCGCUGAUGCCCGUGCCCUCAACCAGGAGCUCGCACGUGGCGAUUUAUGUCAGACGAAAAAUUUCCUGGACUCGGUCCAACAGAGCCUGACCUCGGUGAACCAAGGCGAGUCAAAGGAACAGCUGAAGCUCCUUCGUAAUCAUCUUCUCGCGCUAACGUGCACAGAGCCACAGUUGCAGUCGAUCAAAGAACGCACGCUGGAGGUGUCGACGCAGGAGCUGUCGGUAGUGGAGGUGCUGCAACGAUGGCAGAACGUCUUUAGAGAAACCUUCCAGCAAUAUCAUCGUUUGUCGGCUCAUCUAGUCAAAACCCAGGACGGCGCGACUGCCUUGAAACUCUGGCAGGAGUAUCUGGCCGACGUGCAGGACUUCCUGUCCAACGAUGUAUCCGGCGACUACAAUGGCCUGUCGAAACAUCGGAAUCUCUGCGAGGUUCAUCGGAACCUCUUGACCGACCAACAGAAUCUCAUACUCACCGUUCGAGCGGAAGAGGGCAGCAACUUGUCGACGACGGAGCAGUUCAACAUCCUGACGAAUCUCCACAAUGAAACGCUGGCCACGAUCAUGGAGAGACACGCGGCGGUGCGCGACAGAUUGGCCGCGUGGGACAGGUACAAGUCGGACCAGAGUAAACUGUUAUCCUGGCUGAAGGAGGUAGAAAGAGAACGAGGGCAGCUGCAUCUUCGAUUCAUCCAGUUGCAAAGGCUGGACGAAGUCCUUCAGAGGAUACAGGCGCUGCUGGACAAGAUAGAACAGGGCAAAGCUCAACUGGAGUCUCUGCAGGAGCAACAGGAGACCUUGCUGGUCAACUGCGACCAGACGCUGGCCAUGUCCAUCCGCAUGGAGCUGGCGGCUCACGCUCAGAGAAUAGCCAACCUGAGCUCCAGCCUGGAGAUCUGGCGAGACUACAUCCCGAGAAUACAGAAGUUGUACGCAGAGUACGAAGAACAGACAAAGGACAUCACGUCGACGUUCUACGAGAUGAGCCAGACACUGAGCAGGGUGUUCCGCGCGAGACCUGCCAGCUUGUCGAAGACGAAGCAACAGCUGGAAUCGAUUCAACAGCUGCAAAACAGAUUGGCUGGCAUGAGCACGGAGUUGGAGUCGCUGAGCGUGAUCACGGAGCAACUGAGGGAGUGUCUGAGUCCCAUCGACAUGAAAUCGUUGAAUCAACAGCGGGCGCUUCUUCGGUUGCAGCACGGGGACCUCGAGCACCAGGCAGCGUUGCUUAUUUGCAGGUUGGACGAGCGUUGCGAUCUUUAUGAUCGUUGGAAGGACAGGUCGGCCAGGUUGCUCACGUGGAUAGACGAGACCGAGACCCGUAUUCAAGAUUGCGACUCGAUGGCGCCGAACGAACCUGAAGAGACAUUGAAGAGACUGGAGUGUGAUCUGCAGGCGGAUAUCGCGUUGAAACAGCCGGAACUGUUGUGGAUACAGAAUACCGGUCAAGAUCUGAUAGAGGUGGCCGAGGAAGACGAGAGCGAGAGGCUGCAACGAACCUUGGACGAGGUGAACGAGAGAUGGGAACGGUUGCUGGCUACGGGCAAAUCCAGAGCCAGUAAAUUGGUCGAUCUCAUGAGAACCAUGAACAAUUUGGAGAAGAGGAUAAACGAGCUGAGGGUCUGGCUGGCCAGCGUGGAGAGCCAGCUGUCGGAGACGUUUGUGAUCGAGGAGAUCGCUCAGAGCUGCAUCGACAAGAAACUCGAGGAUCACGAACACCUUCAGAAGACCAUCGAGGCAGAGAGCGGUAACAUCGGCGAGGUGUUGAAUCUCUGCGAGAUUCUCUUAAGCGACUGCGACGCCUGGAAAGCUUCCUUCAACACGGACGCCAUUAAGAACGGGAUGGAAGGGUUGGAGCGUAGGUGGACAGCAACCUGCGUGAAAUCGGCCGAGAGGAAAGGGAAGAUCAUCCUCGCGUGGAAGAUCCUUCAGGAAUUGGGGAGGAUCAGGUCGGAGCACGGAGGCUGGCUCGGGGAGACCGACGAGGCUCUAUCGGAACUGGAGAACAGCCUAGACGAGCUUUCCAAGGAGGAGUCGAAGAGAACCAUCGAGAAAGCCAGAAGCAUUCUCGACGAUAUAGAGGUGCACGAGCCGGCGAUGAAGAUAAUCGAGCAGAACUUUGGUCGUUUAGCUAGGACAGGCCUGGAGCCAGAUAACCUGAAGUCGCUUAUCAGCGAGACACGGCGGCUUAUCGAUAAAUGGCAAACGUUGAAACCUAGAGCGAACGCCGUUCUACUGGCGCUGCAACAGGGACAGAAGAAUUACCGGGACUUCAUCACGGUGCACGGCGCUGCGGUUGUCGGAUUGACGCAAGUCGACGUUCGACUGACCACCACGCAACAUUUGUCCACGCUCGAACAGAAGUCCUCGUCGCGUCGACGGCUGCAACAGUUGAACGAGAUCGAGGAAGAGCUUCGCACGCAGAACCUCACGUUGCAAAAAGCCGACGAGUUGGCGUUGAAGGUUAUGCAGGAAUGUCAUCCGGAUGACGUGGCGACUAUCCAAGAGUUGGUGGACGAGUAUCAGCUUUUAUGGAAGGACAUCAAGAAGAGAGUUGCCUCGUUGAGAGCGGAAAUCGAGGGACAGGAGAAGCUGGAGAUUGACGAGGCCGUGCAGGUGGAGACGUUGAAGUUCGAACAGGACAGCGCCGUUCAAGUGGACACGUUGCCCAAGUUGUUGAGAAUGACGUCGAGCGACGCGUAUCUGAUGGAGUUGGAGGCUGCUCUGAUCGAGUGUAACGACGCUCUGGACACGCUUGAAAUAGCAAUUACACCGGAUCCUGUCGCUGGUCCUGGGCUGAACGCCACUGCUAAGAAUAUCAGUAAACUAAUCGGAAGCUGUCAAUCGUCGAUCGAGCUGGUUCGUCACUUGCAUAGUUUGCUCAUAGAGGAUGGAAAAUUAAGCGCGCAGGCUGCCAAGGCUAACGAGGUGGCGGCGUUGACGAACAGAUAUGAAAAUCUUCUAAUCUUAGCAAGAACGCGGGAACAACAGAUCAGAGAACUCAGCGACACUGGCAGAUUAACCUGUCCCGUGUGCUCGCGUCGUAAUUGGGCUCAGCUGGAGAACGAUCUCUGGAGGCUAGAGAAAUGGCUGGAAUUCGCCGAAGGCACCCAAAGCGAGCAACAUUCACCACCAAGCAACAUAGAAGAGUUGGAAGACGUUAUACAAGAUCACAGGGAAUUCGCGCUCGAUCUAGACAGUCACAAAAGUAUUCUAGUCAGUUUGAACACCGUCGGCGCUCACCUGGCCGACCACACGGAGGAUCUGUGCCGGGCGAUGCAGCUCAGAGACAGAUUGACCGUCGCCAACACCAGGUGGGACAAGGUGUGCAAUGUGGCUGCACACUGGCAGGGACAGCUGCAAAUUGCGCUGAUGUCGAACCAGCAGUUCCAUCGUAUCAUUGAGGAAUUGCUUGCCUGGCUGGAGAAAACGGAAGUUAGCAUACGAGCCAGCGAACCGGUCGACUUGACCGAGUCGCCGGAGAUUAUGACCGCCAAGUACAAUAAAUUCAGGGAACUGAGGAGUGAUUUGGAGCGAUGCGAGCCCCGAGUUUUGUCGCUUCAAGAGUCGGCCAAUCAAUUACUGGACGAAAAAGGCGAGACCAGGUCACGCCUACAGGAAUUGCGACUCAGGUUACUGUCACUUCGUCGGCUGACUGGAAUAUACGCCUUGAAAUUAGGGGCAGCGUUAGGGAUGGACCCACGAGAUAUUGGACUCGCUGCCACCAGUUCCUCCCUUGCUUCCCUUUCUCACGAUCUACUCGACGAAGCUGCCUCCGGAACCGUUCAGCCCCACGACGCACCUGGCACAAAUGGUGACGAUGGCGAGCUCACGGUAUUGUCUCGGGGAUACCGUUUCCUGGGCCGAGUGUUGCGAGUCUCGUUGCCGAUUCAGGCGCUAAUGCUGUUAUUCCUCGGCGUCGCCUCGUUGGUACCAUCCGCCGAAGAAGACUACAACUGCAUGCUGUCGAACAACCUCGCCAGAAGCUUCACGCCAAUGGUCGUCUAUCCGAACGGGCCGCCGCCGAUUUAACGAUAAGAAAACCCAGUCUCGGAUCUCGCGCCGAUUUCGUAGGGCCCAGAAGAACGUUCAACCGAAAUAUCCAGAGAAGUCGCGGCAAGCGGAAACGCGAGAUCGCGCGCGAUCUGCGUACGCACGUACCUACUUAACUAGUCUGUCGCACGGUAAUUCUCCGUCGACGCAAUCGUACGAUGAGAAAGAUCGGCAAAACAUCCGUUCUUUUUCGUACGAAUCCUCGCAGUUAGAACUUUCGACUCGAGAUGGUCGAACAACUUUGGAUAGAACUAAGACGUUCAACUGUCUCGACGAGAUAAAAGAAAAGAAAAGAAAAGAAAAGAAGAAGAAAAAGAUACAUCCUUCUGUAGACGAUGAUUUUACACGUAAUAGACUAAUCUUGCCGGAUUAAAGUGGCAUGGCGUCGUUAAUCUGGCCACACGUCCCAAUGAAAGACUAAAGUUCAGACACAGUACGAGCAACCAGAUUCUGUUCAAACAUUGAACGAACCAUGAAAUGGACCUUUUUUUACUUGCUCCUAAUGAGAAAUUCGAUGAUUUCCUUUCGUUUAUUCGUUGUAUUCGGGUAUUUAGAUGGUACGAAUUUGUAUAGAUCUACGUUUGUAUAAAAUUUGUAAUAUAAUUGGACGUUUUUGUAGUUGAACUUUAACAGCGAAUUCUAAUUCUUUUUCUUUCUCUUUCUUCUUUUUUUUUAAACUUGAUUUCUAUCUCUUCGUUUCUGAACAAAUUGUACAGGCCAUACAUCGAGGUAUAAAUACGUUGCGUUUGAAUGCUAUUUAACAUGUUUGGAUAUCGAUGAUAUCCGUUGGAAGUACUACUUACUUAACACGAAUAUGUUCCAUGAUAGAGCGUGAUAUUACAUACAACAUACCUGUUCGACUUUAUUUUUUAUACGUUGCAUUUAUAAACUCGAGGGUGAAUAAGGGUAAGAGCGAGGCUCGAUUUCGCGAGAUCGAGAACGAAACGUCCACUGACCGAUCAUUUUCAGAGCGUGAUCGCGAUAGACCGCGAUAGUCAUUGGUGCUAGUUUCGAACGACAUAGAGAGAAUACGCAUAAUAAUUAAUUAUAAUACGAGUACAUUAUUACUAUCACAUUAUUAUCGAGGUGAUUUUGAAUUGUUCUUCUCUCCAUUUUUUUUUCUUUCCACGACUCCUUGGAAGGAAAUAACAUAAGGAACAUAAAACAAAAAAAAAAAAAAAAAACAGGAACGUGACGAAGAAAAGGAAAAAAGAGAAGACACAGAGAAGACGUGUAUCGCAUAAUAAUCGAAAUCGCAUGACGAAGUUAUCGACGACACCUCGAACGGGGUGUAUUGUCUCUUAUUUUUUUCUUUUUUUUUUUAAUCCUGUUUUCGAACGAGAACGACACACUUUUGGAUACGCACAAAAGGAUCACGAGUUCAUUAUUCGAGGUACAAAAAUACGAGAACGACUGUAUUUAACGGCCCGCUAGUUUCGCUUCCUAAUUUAUCGAUAUCUUGCUUGCUGCGCGACCGAGCUUUGUUAUGUAUUUUUAUAAGGACAGAGCUUUCUGAAAGGCGGUGUACAUCUGUCGAUGUAAUAUAAUUAUAAUAAAUUGAAACCUAUACAGAA